AUGAAUAACUAUAUUCAAUAUACGAACUUAUAUGUACGUAGUAAAUCUCUACGAUUUCACUACACUUGUUUUAAUGAAUGAAGAAUCAAUUAAAUAUACAACAAACUUAGUGUCGAUUUAGAUAUCUAUUUUUUAUAAAUAUUUGUGCUGAAUGUGUAUAAUUGCAAGAUAAAAUGCCUUUGGCCAAUGCCACCGACCCAUGGCGAAUGCAAAAUGUUGGAGAUGUUACGCGUGCUGUUGUAUCACAGUCUACCAACAGUCUUCCAAUGGUUGUAGAGAAUGCAGCUGAAUCAAGACAAGCAUCAACAACUGAGAGUCUUGAGUCAAGUGUGACAAACAAUGACCAGAAUUAUGAAAGAGAGGUCGAGCUCCAGGAUGUUGUUAAAGAAGGGCAUGAAAAGGCAGACCCUUCUCAGUUUGAGCUGCUCAAGCUUCUAGGGGAAGGUUCCUUUGGCAAAGUUUUCCUAGUAAGAAAAGUUACUGGCCCAGAUACUGGUACACUAUAUGCCAUGAAGGUACUAAAAAAAGCCACAUUAAAAGUGAGAGAUAGAGAAAGAACGAAAAUGGAAAGGAAUAUAUUAGUUGAAAUGGGCCAUCCUUUUAUUGUUAAACUCCAUUAUGCCUUUCAAACUGCUGGUAAAUUGUAUUUAAUAUUGGAUUUCUUGAGAGGCGGUGAUUUGUUUUCCCGAUUAAGUAAAGAGGUUAUGUUCACAGAAGAGGAUGUUAAAUUUUAUCUUGCUGAAUUAGCAUUAGCAUUAGAACAUGUGCACAAAUUGGGAAUAAUAUACAGGGAUCUAAAGCCAGAAAAUAUUUUAUUAGAUGCGGAUGGACAUAUAGCUCUAACUGAUUUUGGUCUAUCUAAACUACCUCCUAGUGAUAAAGCAUAUAGUUUUUGUGGUACUGUUGAAUAUAUGGCUCCCGAGGUUGUCAACAGAAAGGGCCAUACAAUGGCUGCUGAUUGGUGGUCUUUUGGGGUUUUAAUGUUUGAAAUGCUAACUGGGAAUCUCCCAUUUCAUGGCUCUACAAGACAUGAAACAAUGACACAAAUACUAAAAGCAAAACUGGGCAUGCCUUCAAAUUUGAGUGAGGAGGCACAAUCAUUGCUUCGAGCGUUGUUUAAGAGGAAUCCACACAACAGAUUGGGAGCUGGACCAAAUGGUAUUGAAGAUAUAAAGAAUCAUGAGUUCUUUGCUAGUAUUGAAUGGGAGGCUUUAUUAAGAAAAGAGGUUAUUCCCCCAUUCCGUCCCGCCGUAUCCCGCGCUGACGACGCCUUUUACUUCGAUUCCGAGUUCACGUGUCGCACGCCCAAAGACUCGCCCGGCGUUCCCGCGUCAGCUAACGCACACGAACUGUUCAGAGGUUUCAGUUUCGUUGCACCGUGCUUGUUGAAUGAAGACAAUAAAACAGUUACCAAUCAAAAUCAAAACCAUCUUGCACACACUAAGACGUCGACAGAGGAAUUUUGGGCCGGAUUUGUAAAUAGGAACAACUUCUUUGAUGAAUACAGAUUAAUGGGUGAAUUAGGUACGGGUUCCUUUUCUGUGGUUCGUCUCUGUGAACACAAGACAUCUCGCACACAGUACGCUGUUAAGAUCAUGGAUAAGUUACAAUACGAUCCUCGCGAAGAAAUAGAAAUUCUAUUAAGAUACAGCCAUCAUCCUCAUAUAAUAACUCUACGCGGCGUGUACUCUGAGGGCGGUCGUAUCUUGGCUGUGACGGAGUUGUGUCGCGGCGGUGAGCUCUUGGAGCACAUCACGCGCCGCCGCUGUCUGCCCGAACAUGAAGCCGCCCCUGUGAUGAGGAACGUCCUUCACGCUGUACACUACCUCCACAGACACACUGUAGUUCACAGGGAUAUAAAGCCGUCUAACAUACUGUACGCGACGGCUGAACGUAGACCAGAGGACGUACGUCUCGUAGACUUCGGUCUAGCCAAACAGCUACGAGCUGAGAAUGGUCUACUGAUGACGCCGUGCUACACCGCCAACUUCGUAGCACCGGAGGUUCUCAAGCGAGCUGGCUACGACGCCGCCUGUGAUAUAUGGAGCUUAGGUGUACUGGCAUACAUUAUGCUGUCCGGGCGAACGCCGUUUGCGUCCACAGGAGAUGACACUCCUGAAGCGAUAUUGGCUAGGAUUGAAUCUGGAAAGGUGGACAUGUCGAGCGGCGCCUGGCUGGGCGUUUCAUCGGAGGCUCGUGGGUGCAUCCGUCGCAUGCUUCAGCUGGAGCCGUCUCAGCGGCCGCGGGCCCACGAGCUGCUCCGCGAGCCGUGGAUAGCGGAGACCGCGCCGCGACGACAUGCGCCCGCACCGCCUUCGCCCCUGCCGCCGGACGACCUGCGCCGCGCCGUAGACCUCACCUACCAAGCAAUGACAUCGGCUCCAAUGACCCCUCACAUUCUCGGUCCAGUGACACAAUCUACGCUCGCACAACGCCGCAUCAAACCCCAAAGACGGUUUCCACCGACGCAAGUAUAAAUUACUCACAAAUAUACAAAAAGCCGCCUAUUGUUUCACCAAUAAAAAUUCUAGCUAGUCAACUGAUGCCUAGAAAGAUAUACUAUAUACUUUUAAUUGAUUGAUGCAUCUCGUCUGUCAUUGCAUAAGAUUUUUCAUAUGUUAAGACCCAUAAUUAGUAUACAAAUAUAACAGUUAUUUAAAUAACUGGGCAUAAUAAUGUGGCUUUAUAGAAUUAUUUACUAUUUUUAAAUUUAAUAUUAAACCAGAAAUUAUUAGGUAAAGUAUUAAAUUUAAUUUAAAUAUGAAAAUAUUAUAAAGUGAUGAUUUGCCCCAAUUAGUAAAAUUGCAUUUAAUUCUAAACGACUACAAGUCACAUUCCAAAAGAAAUAUAUAUUUUUUGGGCAGACCAUUAAUGGAAAAUUGAGUAUUUUUUCUUCUAAUCAUACGCCAAGUAGUCUUCCUGAUAAUAUAAGAAAAAAACUAUAUUUUUAAAUUAAAUGAAAUUAUAUCACCCACCUUCCCUUUUAGUCCAACAGUGCCAUUGGAAGUAACUUUUAUCACUCAAAUUUCACUCAUGUUAUGAAAAUAAUGAGUUGCCUUCACAAUCAGGUGUUAAGAAAAUUAAAUUAAAUUUUUUUUUGAAAAUGCGACUUUAAUAUUAUUUAUAACUUAGCCUAUUAUGUGUACAAAAUAAUGGCUACUGCAUAGACAUACAAACAACAGUAGUAUGAAUGAUAGAAAAUCAUAGUCACAGCAAAUUUUGUUAAUCAAAUCAAUACAAAAUAAAACUGUUACUAAUUUUUUUUUUACUUAAAACAAUUAGUGUUCAAACGCAAAUUAUUAACACCACCAUUGUGUACUGAAGCCGAUCAACUCGCUAUUUUCAUAUGAGUAUUUUAAUUGUUUAGAAUAAUAAUCAUUUAAAAAAUUAUGUAUAUAUAAUCACUUGAAACAUUUAUUUUUUUAUACAAUAUUAAUUGUUUUAUAAUAAAACAACAUUAUUUUUUAAAAAUGCUAUUUUUAUAUGAGCAUGAUAAUCCAAUACUUUGAAAGCUGAUUUGGAAGAGAGAUUUAAGAGAUGAAUAUUUUUAUUGAUUUUUAGUUUACUAAAUGAAGUUAUUAUAUUGUCAGUUACUGUAAUGGCCUAAUAUGUUAAGCACAAAUUACAUUCUAUGUGAGAAAUAUAAAACACACACACACACACACAUAUAUAUAUAAUUUAUAUUUAUUAGAAUAAGUCAAAUCAUGUCUAUUUUUAUUGUAUGCUUUAAUUAGUAUUAGAUUAAUUUAGAUGUUGUCAAAUAGAUGCAAGUACAUACAUGUAAUACAAUUUUAUCACUCAUUAUUAUUGAAUUCAAAUAUAUCAAGUCAGUGUAACUUUUGUAUUUGGUUUAAAAUUAAGCAGUAUUACUAAUUUUAAUGAAACACAAAUAUAUGAGAUAUGAAAAAGAUUUUAAAACAAAACUGAGCACAAUAAAGUAUAAAUAAGGUUUCCACAACAUUCCGAUUCACAUUUACAUGUUUUAUAUAGACAUCUCGGCACAAUGUUUACACGUGAACUAUUGUUAUGUAUUUACUUAUACUGAAAUUAGUUACACUGGCUACCAUUCUAAUAAUAAGUUUUUACAGUAUUCUUGCUAUAUAUGUUUAUUGAAGUUAUAAGCGAGUUUAAAAUAAUAAUAUAUUGUUGAAAAUGGUGAUGGUUUUAGGCAUAAUAGUAUAUUUUUAUAUAUAACAAAUACUACUACAAUAUAUUAAAAUAAAUAUUUGUUCAAUUAUUACAAUAAUAAAUGCAAAUAUACUUAACCAAAGAUAUCUAGGUUAUAUAAAUUAAUUUUUAUUCAAAUAAUUUGUGUCAUAUAAUUGGAUAUCAUUGAAUUUUGAUUGUUUAGUAACAUUGAGAAGGAAAUAUUACCAGUAUGUAUUGGCGAUCGUACUUAUACGAUUUUAACGAACAUUACAAGAUGUGUAUGUUCUACCGACUUGAAAAUACAUGGUUCUGUAUUUGUAGCAUGAUAUAUGUAUGUUUAUAUCGAGAUUUUCACCAAAACUAGAUAUUCUGAUAAAUUCCAAAGAUCUUUUUAAAUUUAAUACUUCAAUCCCUAAUCGUCUGUUCUGAGAAGAUUAUUAAUUUCAUUGAUUUUUAAUUAGUUAAAAGUGUAAUGGUAAUGUAAUGUUCAAUAGUAUAAUGUUGGUUGGUAAAUUAUUUCAACGCACAUGUACAACUUUGUAUUGAAUGAUAAGCAUAUAUUUUAAUACGAACAUUUCAUUAUGAAAUUUAUAUUCCUUAUAUAUUAUUGAUUAUAAAAUACUCUAUUUCAAAAAUGGCCAUUAGUGAUGAUACUAUUUUGUCGACUUUUGCAUAAUUUUAUCCUAUACAAUUUUAGGAUAAUUAUAAGUAUUACAUUAAAGGACUAAAGGAAUUGAAAUUUAAUAGAUGCUUACAAAAAUGACCGCCAUAAUAAACUUAUUUAUAUAAAUAUAUAUAAUUCUACUUCUAGAAAUAAUUGUGGUACAUAUCUGAUGGUAAGUCUGUCGGUAUAUUGUCAUAUCAUGAUUUAUUGGAACCAUUAUGUUCCUGAGGCAUUCUUCAUACUCAUAUAAUGAAAAUUUAAUAGAAAAUUCCAAUUCAUAUAAGCAAUUAGUAAAACAAAUUACAAAUAUAUGUAAUUGAUUUAAUCAAAUUUUAUUCGAAAUUUUAAUAAAAUUCUUCUAACAUAUCUGAUUUCAAUUAGUAAUUUACUCAUGAAUCUGUUCAAAUUUCACGGAGAAGAGAUAUAAUUUAUUGUAUAGAAUCUAUGAGAAUUUUAUUAGAUGCUCAAAUAAGUUUAUUUAAAUCGAUAAUUGACAAAAAAUUCACAUAGGAAAAUAAAUGUCCAUAUUUAUACCAUGUAGAAUGACUUCACUAUAUUGUUGUUAAUCAAGUUCUGAUACAAUGUUUAGACUCUACAAAUCACUGUAGCCUCAAAAGCACUAUGAUGAAAUAAUGUUCAACUAUAAAAUGUAUAAUGUAGCAGUAAUUAAAUGGAAAUAUUAUUAGAAUAAGGUUGAUAACUUAAAAAAAAAGUAUUUUCUUAUUAGAUACAUACACUGUUGUAGUUUUUUUCUAUAACACUAUUGAAUUGUUAAUUACAGUUUGAAGAUACAUUUUUAUACACAAUUAAAUAGGACCAUGAAGUGUUAAAAAUGAUGAUGCUAUAAUCUUUGUGGUGUUGAUGAUAAUUUUAUCACAUUAUCUAUUUUUCUAUCUUAUAAAUAUAAACUUACUAACAGUACUUUGUUAAAAUAGGCCCUCAUAUAAUUAC